UCCCCGCCCCCGGUGGACGCCCCCGGGACGCCUGGGUCCGAGACCCCUCCUCUCCCCGUUUGGCACUGAGCCCGCAUCCCGGAGCCGCGGGCGGCUCGGGCACCGCACCCCGCAGAAGAGCUCCGGAAGGCGCUGGGGUGACGGAGCCGGAGGCGGCUGGCGAGGGCGGCGUGCCGACGAUGGAGCGCGCAGUGGAGCCCUGGGGCCCGGAUCUCCCUGGCCCGGAGGAAAGGGAGCAGCUGAGAGGCGCUCGCACAGGUCUAGGGAGUGAGAAUGUCGAGAUUUCUCAGCAGGAUGACUUUGAACAUACCCCACAGAAGAAUGAGUUGGGAUUCAAGGAUGAGGAAGAAUUGGCCCCAGAUCAUGAAGUAGGAAAUUCCUCUCUCAAACCUGAAGGCGUCCAGACUUGGGAUGACUUGUGGGUCCAGAGAGAGGGGCCAGGAAAGCCUCAGCCUCAGGACAGAGGCCCCCGGCUCUUGGGAGAACCACGCUGGGGCCAGGCUGGCGAUCGGGCUGCUGUGUGUGGUGAGUGUGGCAAGAGUUUCCGACAAAUGUCGGAUCUGGUGAAACACCAGCGGACCCACACAGGGGAGAAACCCUACAAGUGUGGAGUUUGUGGCAAGGGCUUUGGAGAUAGCUCUGCCCGUAUCAAACACCAGCGAACUCAUAGUGGUGAGAAGCCUUACAGAGCCCGGCCACCAGCCCAGGGUCCCCCGAAGAUUCCUCGCCCUCGGAUCCCCGCUGGUGAACGCCCCACUAUCUGCGGUGAAUGUGGCAAGAGCUUCCGGCAGAGUUCUGAUCUGGUGAAGCACCAGCGGACGCACACAGGCGAGAAGCCAUACAAGUGUGGCAUCUGUGGGAAGGGCUUUGGUGACAGUUCCGCCCGUAUAAAGCACCAGCGGACGCACCGCGGGGAGCAGCCCCCGCGGCCACUGGUACCCCGACGGCGGCCGUCCCGGGCAACCACAGCAGCAGCACAGGGACCCAAGGUCCAGGACAAGCCAUAUAUCUGCACUGAUUGUGGCAAGAGGUUUGUGCUCAGCUGUAGCCUCCUCAGCCACCAGCGCAGUCACCUGGGCCCCAAGCCUUUUGGUUGUGAUGUGUGUGGGAAGGAGUUUGCCCGGGGCUCAGACCUAGUGAAGCACCUGCGGGUACACACGGGAGAGAAGCCCUACCUAUGCCCUGAGUGUGGCAAGGGCUUUGCUGACAGCUCAGCCCGGGUCAAGCAUCUCCGCACCCACAGCGGGGAAAGGCCUCAUGCCUGCCCUGAGUGCGACCGCACCUUCAGCCUCAGCUCCACCCUCCUCCGCCACCGCCUCACCCACAUGGAGCCCCAGGACUUUGGCUUCCCAGGCUAUCCCCUGGCACCCCUAAUCCCCAGCCCACCACCCAGCUCGAGUCCACCUCGACCUCCUCUUGGCACCAGCCCCCCACUGACACCUCGUAGCCCUCCACACUCAGGUGAUGGGCCUUUUGGCCUGCCUGGCUUGGAGCCAGAGCCUGGGGGCCCACAGGCUGGGGAGCCACCACCACCAUUGGCAGGUGAGAAGCCCCAUAAGUGCCCUGAUUGUGGUAAAGGCUUCCGCCGAAGCUCGGACCUGGUGAAACACCAUCGUGUGCACACAGGGGAGAAACCCUACCUCUGCCCUGAAUGUGGUAAGGGUUUUGCUGACAGCUCAGCCCGAGUCAAGCACCUUCGUACCCACCGUGGCGAACGGGCACGGCCACCACCACCAUCCACUCUCCUGCGGCCUCAUAACCCACCUGGCCCAGCACCCACUGCCCCUCGACCUCGAGUCCGGGCCCAGCCCUCUGGACCCAGCCAGCCCCAUGUAUGUGGCUUCUGUGGGAAGGAGUUUCCCCGGAGCUCAGAUCUGGUCAAACAUCGGCGCACACACACUGGGGAGAAGCCAUACAAAUGUGCAGAGUGUGGCAAGGGUUUUGGUGACAGCUCUGCCCGUAUCAAGCACCAGCGUGGGCACCUGGUCCUGAGGCCCUUUGGGACAGGAGAUGGUCGGGCAAGGCCCCUCAAGAAGGAGCCACCAACAGAACUGGAAUGAUAAAGUCCAGAAAAGGUAGAGGCCCAGGAGGCCAAAGGGAGGGUAUCUGCUGCUUAAGAGAAGAAAGGGCCUGGGAGGUGGUGGGAGGGAGAAAGAGGGGACAAAAUGGGAGAAGGAGUGAGUAGUUAGAAAUGAAGAUCGGAGACAAUGACCUUGAAGCUCAGGAAACUGUCCUGGCUGGGCUGUCAGGACCUUGCCAGUAUGAGCUGUACCCCCAGCUUCUAGAACACUGUCUGGCAUACAGUAGGCACUCAAUAAAUACUUGUUGAAUGAAUAA